AUGCAAGGCCUUAGUUUACAGAGCUUGAAGAAACACAAGGCGUUGAUUCCAUUGUAUGUCUGCACUGGAGUAGGAUGUAUGGGAGCCAUGUUCUAUCUGUUGCGACUGGCAACUCGUAACCCUGAUGUUUCCUGGAACAAGAAAACCAACCCAGAGCCCUGGGAAGAGUACAGGAACAAGCAGUACAAGUUCUACUCGCCCAUCAGGGACUACAGCAAGGAGGAAUCGCCCGCUCCUAAGUAUUAA